AUGCAUCUUAAAUCCAUGGGAAUCUCAAAUGCUAUAUACAAAUUUAAUAAUUGUUUAGCACAAUAUAAGGAGAAAGCACAAGUUUUCCUUCAUAAACAUAUUGAUGAAAUGUUGAGAUUUAAAUAUCUUGAUGAUACGGAUCCAAAUAUUCUCUGGAAUCUUUUGAAAGAAAGAUUUGAUCAUCAGAAGGAAGUUAUACUUCCAAAUGCUAGAGAUGAAUGGAGAACAUUGAGGUUUCAAGACUUCAAAAAGUAUUAUGGAGAUGAAUUUACUGAUGAAGAUAUGUUGGAGAAAACUUACUCCAUGUUUCAUGCAACAAACAUUGCCUUGAUGCAACAAUAUCAAUUGCAAAAGUUCACAAGAUAUUCUGAACCGAAUGCGUGUCUGCUUGUUGUAGAGCAAAAAAAUGAGCUCUUGAUGAGAAAUCAUGAAUCUCGUCCAACAGGAUCAGUAGCACUUCCUGAAGCAAAUGCUACUCAUCGAAACAAUACACAUGCACGAGGGUGUGGUCGUGGUCGAGGACGAGGUCAUGGAUAUUUUAAUCGAAACCAAAGCCAAAAUCAAAACCAUAAUUCUUUUCAUAGACAAAUUGAUAAUCGUGGUCGUGGCCAGAAAAUGAAUAAUUACCAUUCUUCACAAAGAAACAAUGUCCAUACACAAGACAAUGCCAAAGUGGCAAGGAAUGAUACUGGAUUCCAUUAA